AUGUUAAGUUUAAGAGAAGUUUUAUUUUGUAAAACAAUAUUUGCAUUUCAUUUGCACAAUAAAUCGGUUUUAACUAAAAACUACAAACAAAUCGAUGGAUAUAUUGUCGGCGGAAAGGAUGCAGAAGAGGGAGAAUUUCCAUAUCAGGUGUCUCUCCAGAAGUAUAGCUCCCAUAUAUGCGGCGCUUCUAUUAUAAGUUCUGAAUGGGUUGUGACGGCCGCCCACUGUAUUGAAGGAAAUCCGACGGAAAUUUUAUCAAUACGUUAUGGGAGUAUACAUCACGACAGCGGCGGUGAAGUGGCCGAAGCUAUUGAAACGGUAGCGCAUCCGUCAUAUAGCGAUUGGACGCUCGACAACGACAUCGCUUUAAUCCGCACCAAAACACCCAUUAAAUUGAACUCAAAUACUGUGAAAGCGAUUCCACUGCCCGAUCAGGACUCGGACGUAACCGCUGGCCAAUCGGUGGCCAUAACUGGUUGGGGAUAUACCACAGAAGGGGUACAAAUAUUGUCGCCAAUAUUGCAGAAAAUCACUCUUCCGGCUGUGGAAAGAAGUGUUUGCCGAGAAAUAUAUAAAGUCUACAACGAAGUGACAGAGAGUAUGAUUUGCGCCGGUAUUCCCGAAGGAGGGGUCGACGCGUGUCAG